AUGGAGUUAGAGCGUUUAGGCGGCGGCGGGGUUAAAUCGGAGCGGGGCAGCACUCGUCUCUACAGGAUAGCCCUAGCCAUGUGUGUGUGUCUCUGCGCUGCCCUGCUGCUCGCACUCAUACUGGUCUCUCAAAGAAGCAAUCAGGAGGAGUUCUGCUUGACCCCAGAAUGCAUUGAGGCAGCGGGGUCCAUUCUGAGUAAAAUUGAUCAGUCCAUCCACCCCUGUGAGGAUUUCUAUGGCUUCUCCUGUGGAGGUUGGCUCAAGGAGAACCCCAUCCCUGAGGAUUCGUCCUCAUACGGCAUCUACCCCUGGCUACGGCAACAUGUCGACAUCCGACUCAAAGAGUUACUGGAAGCCCCUUCAGAUCCCGACGAGCUGGAGGCAGUGACCAAGGCUAAGAUCCUGUACCGCUCCUGCAUGAACGAGACUUUGCUGGAGCAGGUGGACGUCAAACCUAUGCUGAGAACGCUCAAGCAGCUGGAGUUUCGGUGGCCCGUCCUGGGGGAGGGGCUUGGCGGGGCGUGGCAGUGGUCGCCGGCGCAGUGGAACCUGCUGAAGACGCUGGCCGAGAUGAGGAACCAGCACAGCAAGAGCGUCCUGAUCCGCCUGUACGUCUCCCCCGACGACAAAAACUCCUCCCACUACAUCAUCAAGCUGGACCAGGCCUCGCUGUCUCUCUCCUCCAGGGAAGACUACAUCACCAACACUUCCGCCGCCCAGGCCUACCGCGCUGCCUUGCUGAGUUUGAUGGUGGAUGUGGCCGUCAUGCUGGGAGCUCCAGAGAAGGCAGCGCUGACCCAGAUGGAAGAGGCUCUGGCCUUUGAGAUCAAACUGGCACAUAUUGUGAUCCCCUACGAAAACCGCACGAGUGAGAACAUGUACAACAAAUACACCCUGUCUCGCCUGCAGCGCUUCAUACCACAGUUCGACUGGCUGGGCUUUGUGAGAACGGUGGUGGAGUCCAAAGGCGACCCAGCUCUGUCCAUCUCCUCCUCCGAGCCCGUCAUCGUCCGAGCGCCGCAGUACUUCAAGGAACUGUUCAAACUCAUUAACUCCACAGACCCCAGGACGGUAGCUAAUUACGUACAGUGGAGGACAGUUUUCUCCAGGAUCACCACCCUCAGUCGUCGUUUCCUCUACAGAUACCUUGACUUUGCACGGGUGACCACAGGGAUGACCUCUCUGACCCCGCGCUGGGAUAAGUGUGUUAACUACGUCGAGAACACGCUCGUUUACGCCACCGGGCGCCUCUUUGUCAACACACACUUCCAGGAGGACAAGAAAAAUAUGAUGGAGGAGCUGAUAGAGGGAGUUCGCUGGGCAUUUAUCGACAUGCUGGAGAAAGAGAACGACUGGAUGGAUGAACCAACUAAGAGGAGAGCCACAGAGAAGGCUCACGUUGUCCUGGCUAAAGUGGGCUACCCCGAGUUCAUUCUGAAUGACACCUACCUUAAUGAGGAUUUAUCACAGGUAAUGUUCAAUGAGAAGGACUACUACGGGAACGUGAUGCAGACUCUACAGUUCAUCGCCAAAUCUGACGUGGCGUGGCUCAGGAAGAUGGUGCCGCGUACAGAGUGGUUCACAAACCCCACAACAGUCAACGCUUUCUACAGUUCCUCUACAAAUCAAAUCAGAUUCCCUGCAGGAGAGCUUCAAAAGCCCUUCUUCUGGGGAACAGAGUAUCCAAGGUCCCUGAGUUAUGGAGCCAUCGGGGUGAUAGUCGGACACGAGCUGACGCACGGUUUUGACAACAACGGACGCAAGUACGACAAGAACGGUAACCUGGACCAGUGGUGGAGCAACUCGUCCAUCACAGCCUUCAAUGAGAAGACCAAGUGUAUGAUCGAGCAGUACAACGGUUACCACUGGGACGAGGCCGGGCUGAAUGUGCGAGGGAAGAGGACGCUGGCAGAAAACAUCGCAGACAACGGAGGAAUAAGAGAAGCUUUUCGGGCCUACAGGCGAUGGAUAGAUGAAAGCAGGGGUGGCGUGGAGGAACCUCUGCUUCCUGGAGUUGGACUCACCAACAACCAACUAUUCUUCUUAAGCUACGCACAUGUGAGGUGUAACUCAUACCGACCAGAGGCAGCCAGGGAACAGAUUCAGAGUGGAGCCCACAGUCCACCAAAAUACAGAGUUGUCGGAGCGAUGAGUAACUACGAAGAGUUUAGCAAAGCGUUCGGCUGCCCAGCGCCGUCAGUCAUGAACCGGGGGGCGGAGUCUUGCCGGGUGUGGUGACCUAUGACCUCAGCUCGACCGCCGACCUGGCCACACCUACUGUAUCGGCAGGGCUUGUGUCGAAACGCUGCCGUGAAACGCUGAUAAAGCUGGACCAUAUCGUCUAUAUGUUACGGGAACAAUGUUAAAAAAAAAAAAAAUGAAAUGAAAUGAAAUGUUUUUCUCACAGAAACAUGUAGACUGUAUAUUAUGGGAAGCUGUGCUGGUCAAAGCCAUUUUUAAGGGACUAUACUGCAUAUUAUAUGGCAACAGUGGAAAAAAUGUAACUGCAGAAAUUAUGACUGAAUCUUUCAGGACCAUUUAGUCUCCAGAUUAUGGUAAUAAUCUAUAAAAGGAAAUGACUGGAGCCUUUCUUAUGGGUAAAUAUAGCCUGUAUGUUAUGGUAAAGGGAUAAUGACCAGCACCUUUUUUUUUUACAUGAACAUAUAGUCUAUAUUUUACGGUAACAGUGAGGCAUAUUGGGUGACUGGAGCUUAUGUUACAGCAUCAGUGGAAAAAAAAAAAAGCAGAAAAUGACAGAAAGCUUUCCUACAUGAAUAUAUAGUCUAUGUUAUGAUAACUGUGGGGGGAAAAUCAAAAGCAAAUGGAGCAGAAACAUUAAGUUUAUAUGUUUCUGUAAUUGCAGGAAGCAUAAAUGAUGUUAAAACGUCCAGUUCAGUUUGUCUGAAUACACCAGCAGCCUCGCUACUGAAUUCCUCAAUCCCUAAAACCAAUGUUAAAUCAUGUUUUAGUGUUAGUGUGUCUGUGUGUGUGUGUGUGUGUGUGUGUGUGUUUAUGGGCAAAACAUGCAAAGUAGAAUGACAAAAAAAAAAAAAAAAGUGAAGUAUUUUAAUUUCAUAUGAAG